AUGCUCCGCGCAGGUCCCUCGCAGGCGAGACAACUCUCGACCCGCCUCCACCGCGCCCUCGCGACCCACGCCGUCGCGCCGUCGCCGCCCCCAACUCGGCACACUUGGAAGCGGGGCGAGAUCCAGGGCAUAUUCGACACGCCCCUCAUGGAGCUCGUGUUUCGCGCCGCCUCCGUGCACAGGCAGUACCACGAUCCGAGCAAGAUCCAGCUCUGCACGCUCAUGAACAUCAAGACCGGAGGCUGCUCUGAGGACUGUUCGUACUGUUCGCAGUCGUCGCGCUACUCGACCCCGACCGUCGCAUCGCGCCUGCUCGACAUCGAACCCGCGAACGGGAGCACGCGCUUCUGCAUGGGUGCCGCCUGGCGCGACCUCUCGGGCCGUAAACGCGGCUUCGAGCGGAUUCUCACCAUGGUUAGCGAGAUCCGCGGGAUGGGCAUGGAGGUCUGCACCACGCUCGGGAUGCUUUCGCCUGAACAGGCGCGUCAGCUGAAACAAGCUGGCCUGACCGCAUACAACCACAACCUGGACACCUCGCGCGAGUUCUAUCCGGAGGUCAUCACCACGCGUUCGUACGAUGAGCGGCUGGACACCAUUUCUGCUGUCCGAGACGCGGGCAUCAGUGUAUGCUCCGGGGGGAUUCUUGGCUUGGGAGAAACCGAUAAGGACCGCGUCGCGCUCAUUUGGGAGAUGUCCAAGAUGCCAGAGCACCCGGAGUCUUUCCCGGUAAACGCGCUGGUUCCCAUCGAGGGGACGCCGCUGGAGAAGAACGAGCCCGUGCCAUACCAUACCAUUCUUCGGACGAUUUCGACCGCCCGGAUCGUCCUGCCGGGCACGAUCAUCCGUCUGGCCGCUGGACGGCAGACGCUGGACGAGACACAACAGGCCAUGUGUUUCAUGGCUGGCGCCAACGCGGUGUUCACUGGGAGCAGAUGCUCACGACGCCUUGGUUGGGGUGACGCUGAGGAUGUGCGGACCGAAACAGGCUCGCCAUGGGACGAGGACAAGGCGCUGAUGGGCCGCUGGGGAUUGGAGGGCAUGGGCAGCUUUGAGCAGGUGGGCGUGGCGCGGAAGGAAGGAGCGCGCCUGGAGAUACGCGGGGAGGAGGAAACCGCGUCCUCGGAGCCUUCCAAGGAAGCCCAGACUAGCGUCUGA